UAUAAAAACAAAGCAUCUGCUCUCCCAUUGCAGUCAGUCAAUUCAUCAAUCUGUAAGAUGUUACACUUCAGGAAGCAAUUUGUAUUAGCGUUGCUGAUUAGCGCGCUGCUAUUAGUAAAUGUGAUUAGCGCUACAAAUAGAUCGAAGAGGAAUGCAAACGAUGCUGAUUACUUGACUAUCAUUUUGGAUGAAACAAUGCGCAAUUUGCUAAGGCAGUGCAACAAAAGUGCAAUCGCGGAAGAUUACAAAAGCCAUGCAGCGCAAACGCCCAUUACAUUGAAGCAUUUAAGCGAUCUGAUGGAGAAAACCAUGCGCGAGUUAAGUGACUCCUUUACGGCACGCCUCCUGCAACGCUUUCCCAAAAGUUGCGCAGAUAUACUGCCAGUUGGUGCGCGCGAUCGCGACGGGGUCUACAGCUUACACAUCUCUGGCUUUACGCCCAUCAAAGUCUAUUGUUUAGCCGAUGUAGCCGGUGGCUGCCCUUGGACCGUUGUGCAUAGGCGGCAAGACAAAGAAACGGACUUCAACCUAAAUUGGGCUAACUACAAGACGGGCUUCGGUGAUCCCUACAAUAGUUUCUUUGUGGGCAUGGAAACGCUUUACUGGCUGACCAGCGAUGCACCACAGGAGUUGAAAAUUGUGAUGCGCUUGAAUAGCGACAGCAUGGAGGAGAUAGCGCACUACGAUCACUUUGCUAUUGGCGAUGAGGGGUCGCAGUACGAAUUGAAAGCGUUGGGUCGAUUUAGCGGCAAUGCAGCAGAUGAGCUAACCCAUUUGAUUGGCUAUAAGUUUCGAACGAAGGAUCGCACGGGUUAUUGCAUUGGCAAGGAGAAGGAUGGCGGCUGGUGGAAGGAGGGUUGUGAUAGGAGUAAACUAAAUGGCAUUUAUGCACCUUCUAAGUGGGAGAUACCACAUCAGGUUGGCAUUAUAUGGGAUAACCGUACCACGCAGGGCUUAAAUUACUCGCUAGAAUAUGUGCAUAUGGCAGUAAGGCCGAAGUUUUGUUAUUCAAUUAGCUGAAAAUUGUGUGCGUUAAAAUUAUGUUUUAAUAAAAAUACCUUAAAAAGGCUAUUCACUCACAAUUAGAAAAUAGGUGUCAACGAAAGCGAGCGAAAAUGAGCAGCUUACAUAGCAUACAAGGAAAAGUUACUAUAUACUUAAAUCUGGCGAAAAUAACAGCGUGCAUAUGGGCAUACAUAUGUAAGCUCUGUAUAUCCUUAAAUACCAACUCUUCAACAUUUAUUUCGCUGUAAUAUCAAUGACCAGCGCUAUUAACAUGAAGGGCUUUAAAAGAUAAUCUUCAAUAAAGGUUAAGUGCCCACUACUAUUUUUUAGUACAUACGUACAUACAUACAUAUAUGUAGCCAAAGACAUGAUUAAAUAAAUGUUAAAGUGAUUUUA